GGAGAAGCGGCGGAGGGGGGGAGCGGCGUGAAUCAUCCCAGAGAUACACUGUGAGAGGUUGUGGCAGCAGAGAGCAGGGUUUGGGUUGGUGUUUAGAGGGUUUUUUUCCCUUUUUUUUUUUUCCUUUUUUCUUUUUUUUUUUUUUUUUUUUUUUCCUCCAAAAACAUGGCUGAAGCUGGGACGGGCUUUUUGGAACAGCUGAAGUCUUGCAUCGUCUGGUCCUGGACUUACCUCUGGACGCUGUGGUUCUUCAUCAUGCUCUUCCUGGUCUACAUCUUAAGGGUCCCCCUGAAGAUCAAUGACAAUUUAACCACAGUGAGUAUGUUUUUGAACACAUUAACUCCCAAGUUCUACGUUGCCCUGACAGGCACCUCCUCAUUAAUCUCAGGACUUAUUUUGAUCUUCGAGUGGUGGUACUUCCGCAAGUACGGGACCUCCUUCAUCGAGCAGGUCUCGGUGAGCCACCUGCGCCCUCUGCUGGGCGGGGUGGACAACAGCGCGCCCAGCGCCGCCAGCGCCGCCAACGGGGACGCCGACUCCAGCCGACAGAGCGUCUCAGAAUGCAAAGUCUGGCGAAAUCCUUUAAAUCUGUUCAGAGGAGCUGAGUAUAACCGGUAUACAUGGGUAACAGGGAGAGAACCUUUAACUUACUAUGACAUGAAUCUUUCAGCACAGGACCAUCAGACAUUCUUUACAUGUGACACGGAUCAUUUACGGCCUGCAGACGCUAUAAUGCAAAAAGCCUGGAGAGAGAGAAACCCCCAAGCCCGAAUUUCUGCAGCACAUGAAGCUUUGGAAUUGAAUGAAUGUGCUACUGCUUAUAUCCUUUUGGCUGAAGAGGAAGCCACAACAAUUGUAGAGGCAGAGAAGCUGUUCAAGCAAGCUCUGAAAGCUGGAGAGGGCUGUUACAGGCGCAGUCAGCAGUUACAGCAUCAUGGUGCCCAAUAUGAAGCCCAACACAGAAGGGACACCAAUGUGUUAGUUUAUAUUAAGAGAAGGCUGGCAAUGUGUGCAAGAAAGCUGGGAAGGACCAGGGAAGCAGUGAAAAUGAUGAGAGAUUUGAUGAAGGAGUUUCCUCUGCUCAGCAUGUUCAACAUUCAUGAAAACCUACUAGAGGCUUUAUUGGAAUUGCAAGCCUAUGCAGAUGUACAGGCAGUCUUAGCAAAAUAUGAUGAUAUAAGCUUACCAAAAUCAGCAACAAUAUGUUACACAGCUGCAUUGCUCAAAGCCAGAGCUGUCUCCGACAAAUUUUCUCCAGAGGCUGCCUCAAGGCGAGGGCUGAGUACUGCAGAGAUGAAUGCAGUAGAAGCUAUUCACAGAGCAGUGGAAUUUAAUCCACAUGUGCCAAAAUACCUUCUAGAAAUGAAAAGCUUAAUUCUGCCCCCUGAACAUAUUCUGAAGAGAGGGGACAGUGAAGCAAUAGCAUAUGCUUUCUUUCAUCUUCAACACUGGAAAAGAGUAGAGGGGGCAUUGAAUCUCUUACACUGUACAUGGGAAGGCAGCUGGGAAGUCCCUAAGGAGCUGUUUAGAAGGACCAGCUUUUGGCACAGAAGGCUAGCUGCCCUGCAGUCCUCCUGCCAGUUUGGAAAUCUAGUCAUCUUUGCCCGAAGGCAGUGUAGAGCAUUCCCAUCUAAUCACAUCAACUGAUUCCUCUCCUUAUUACGUCCACAGCAAUCUGAAUAUGUACUUUAUUAGCUAAUAUUUGUGUAGUAACAUGCAAAGAUGUAAAUGAGAAUUGUUGCAUAAACUCUAAAGAAAAAUCCAUAAUUCCUUUUGCACAGUGCUUUGAGAGAUUAACAGUGCACCAAUCCUUAAGAAUUUUGUUUAGAUUUUGCCCUCACAUAAAGACUCCCAUGAGUUUUAAUGGUUUCACGUGUAUCUAGUCCAAUAUUCAUAGCUUCUUGUCCAUAUCUUAAUCUGGGUAUUUUUUAUGGAUGUAGUGAACUAUGUAUGUCACUCAUGUCCUUUAUUUGCAAAAGGUUUUCUUGGCUCUCUGCACAAUUGUAAGUUAAAACCAGUGGAAACAUGCUAGAGAAACUGAAUUUAAUUAAAUACUGGUUCUAACCAACAGUCUACAUACAGUAUAUGGUCACAGAAUCACGGAAUGGUAGGGGUUGGAAGGGACCUCUAGAGAUCAUCCAGUCCAACCCUCCUGCAGGUUCACUUUGAUCAGGUUGCACCUGAUCAAACCCAGGUGGGUUUGAAAACCUCCAGAGAGCUCCACAGCCUCCCUGGGCAGCCAGUGCUAAGGGCUCCCUCACUUGAACAGGAAAGAAGUUUUUCCUCAUGUUCAAGUGGAACUUCCUGUGUUCCAGCUUGUGCCUGUUACUCCUUGUCCUGUCACUGGGCUCCACAGAAAAAAGGC